AUGGAGAGAAAUAAAAAUAUAGAACGAAAGUGUAAACGUUUCUCUGCUCGUUUAAAGAGUUCUAAAGGUGUAUCAUGUGUAGAAUACCCCUGUCCUAAUAUAGUCCUGUGCAACGUCGGUCAAGCGACUGGGUUUACCAAAGAAGAUGUAUAUAAACUGGUAGAGGAUUUAAAAACGGUUAAUAUUCAAAAAUUCAUAGCAGAGAAGGGUGAAUCACAUUCUUUUUUAGUAUUUGAAGAUACUAACAGUGCUGCUGAGUUUUACCAUACAUCAAAUGGUAAAGCAAAAGUACGGAAUGGAACAACAAUUUUUAUGAAUUACGUUCAAUCAGUUCCAAAUGAUGAGAUCACAUGUACAGAUGGUAUUCCGAAAGGAUUAAGUAUAUUACCAGACUUCAUUUCGCAUGAUGAGGAGCAAAAAUAUAUUAAUUUAUUCGACUGGACAACUGAGGCUAACCUUAAGAACCGGCAAGUGAAGCAUUAUGGGUAUGAGUUUCGAUAUGGAAGUAAUGAUGUAGAUUUGAAUUCUCCAUUGCCUGAAUCAAUUCCAGAUGAGUGCAAUAUGUUGUGGGAACGACUCAAAACUUUUGGAUUUGACAUUGAGACACCAGAUCAAUUGACAGUUAAUAAAUAUUGCCCUGGACAAGGUAUACCGUCACAUGUAGACAGACAUAGUCCUUUCAGUGAUACAAUAUUGUCACUAUCUCUCGGCUCAGAUGUGGUUAUGGACUGGAGACAUCACAGUAAUAAAUAUGUACCAGUCGUAGUUCCUUCAAGAUCAAUGCUUGUUAUGCAAAAUGAGGCCAGAUACGAUUGGCAACAUGGAAUUCAACCGCGUACUUGGGAUCCGGUGAUAGACAUUCGUAAAUCUUCAGAUGGUCAAACAGAACGAGUAAUAACCGGAGACACAAAGCCCAGGGACACCAGGAUAUCUCUCACAUUUAGGAAGACGAGAGAAGGACCUUGUCAGUGUCAAUUUAAGACUUUGUGUGACCGGGGAACAGUUGAGGGAGAAUUGAGUGACGAUUUGGCUUCACAUUUAGAAGAGUUACAUGUCCAUCAGGUGUAUGAACAAAUUGCGGGCCACUUCAGUACUACACGGCACAAGCGCUGGCCUCGCGUUGAUGAGUUUUUGCAUAGUGUUAGUCCGGGAGCAGUGCUCCUUGACUUAGGAGCUGGUAAUGGAAAGAAUAUUCUCAACAGAAAUGACAUUUUACAGAUCGCCGGCGAGCGCAGUUCAGGUCUAUUACUAGAAUGCGCCGGCCACACACAGUCGAUUCCGGGCGCGCAGUGCGUGCGGCUAGAUUUGUUGCACACGCCCUUGCGGGACGAGUGCGCAGACGCCAUCAUUUGUAUCGCUGUCAUCCAUCAUUUGAGUAGUGCGGCUAGAAGAAGACAAGCAGUGUCGACAAUCUCUCGUCUUCUUCGACCCGGCGGUCGCGCACUCAUCACAGUGUGGGCGAAAGACCAAAGCAAGUCCAACUACUUAGCGCAAAACAAGGAAAACCACGACACAAACCUAGUUACAAUGGUUGGAGGUCUGAACCUUCCAGUGCACGAAAACAGAACCCAGUUCCGACACAGCGACCUCCUUGUCCCUUGGAAGUUGAGGAAAGUGGAGGAUAAAAAGCCUCUAAAAACUUCAGACACAUUUUUGCGUUACUAUCAUGUAUUUGAGGAGGGGGAAUUGGUACAGUUGUGCGAAAUGCCCCAUCUUGAGAUCGAAAGCAGUUUCUACGAAGAAGGGAAUUGGUGUGUUGUGUGUAAAAAGAGAUGA